CAUUUGAAUUGAAAGAGUUCAGCAUUAGCAAGAAAUAACUGAAUAGUUGCACCCUAGUUCCUUCACUUGAACUGUCCAUUUUAAUUUAGGCUGCAUUAUUUAAAGCUAUGAAUAAUUAAGACAGGGGAUGAAGCAAAUAUGUAUUCUUAAGAAGCUUCUUACCUGAUGUAACAAAUAACAUGCUGUCUUUCUGCUCCUUUCAGAAUGAUACAGAUCUUGGACCCAAGACCCUUGCCAAGCUCCAUCAUGCCUGUGGACAUGGCCAUGAGAAUUUGCUUAGCCCAUUCUCCACCGCUGAAGAGUUUUCUCAGCCCCCUUGAGGACUGUCAAAGAAACAAUUUUGUGAACAGAUUCAAACCUCUCAGACCGUGUCUUCACGUGAAACGUGACUCUGAAGCUCAGAAUGGCAACUGGAACCACUCAGCAGCCCGAGCCAAGAAGCGAGUUGUGUUUGCAGACUCGAAGGGGCUGUCCCUGACGGCAAUACACACAUUCUCUGAGUUCCAGGAGCACCCUGGAUGGGAUCUUCAGUUUGACCUCUUAGGCCUUGAAAACAUAACAUCUGGCUUAAAGCUGCAUGAGGAAAAAACCUUGAUUCUAGGUUUCCCUCGGCCCUCGGCUGACUACCUGGACUUCAGGAACCGCCUGCAGAAGAAUUUAGUCUGCCUGGAGAACUGCACCCUGCAAGAGAAGGUGCUGUCAGGCACUGUGAAAGUGAAAAAUGUGAGCUUUGAAAAAAAGGUUCAGGUUCGAAUUACCUUUGAUACAUGGAAGACCUACAGAGAUAUUGAGUGUGUAUACAUGAACAAUGUUUACGGCGAUUCUGAAAAUGAUACCUUCUCAUUUAUCAUUGACUUGCCUCCUGCCAUUUCCUCUGAAGAGAAGAUAGAGUUUUGCAUUUCUUACCAAAGUGGAGAACAUACCUUCUGGGACAAUAAUGAGGGUCAAAAUUACAAGAUUCUCCACGCAGAGUGGAAACCUGAUGGUGUUCAGAUACCACCUGCUAAGAAAGACUGUGUAGAUCUUCAGACUCCAAGGGGAGAACAAGAGCGAGAGCCUGAUCAACUAGGCAGUCCAAGGCUGUCCAGUGGUCUCUUUCCCCAGUGGCAGAGCUUGGGUCAGAUUGAAAAUUCAUCACCAUAUUGGUGAUCCAUACUAGCAAGGAAGCAUUCUUCCACUUGGCAACAGAACAGUGUUAGUUUUCUGGUUCACAUACUAUGCAAUGAAACCACCUGGCAGGUUUUGUUGGCUGUCUGAACAUAUCCAAAUUCACUAGUCUGUGGGACUUGUUAAACCAUAUUAUGCUACUGAAGUUCUUUGCCAAAACCCUUGGCACAAAGAAACCCAAGAUAAAAGCCAUGCAUAUGUCACCCACUAUAGAAAUAGCAUGCCUGUAUCUUAAGUAUAUGCUGCUUGCUUUCUGCUGUUGGCUCUCCUGAGUCAGGAGGGACACUCUUGGGAGGAAGUAUGGAAGGCAAUGGUAUUUUAGUAAGCUGUAGUAACUGCAUGUGUGAGAGUGUGUGUGUGCACAGGGAUGUUACAUGAACAGAACAUCACAAUCCACUUUGCACCUAUUAGGAGUGCAGUAGAUAUCAGGUGAUGCUGUCAGGAUGGAGGCUUGCUAUGACUAUGUGCUUGUAGCAGAGGCAGGUAGGAUUUGUGACUUCAAUACAGGUUAAGAAACUUAGAGAAGAUAAUGGAAAAGUAGGAGAAGAGGAAGAAGUAGAAUGUGCUGUAUAACUUGGAAAUGUACAGUGUUCUAAUUUCUUCUUUUCAAAGCUGGUCUUCUAAAUCCAUAGAAAGUUCUGUGGAAUACAAAGGAGAAUACAGAAAACAGUGCAGAGUGACCUCUGCUUUGGGAAGACAUCUCUGUCCUCAUUGGCUUUGUGAAUAAUAAAUGUCUUUCAUUUGAGAACAAAUCUAACUUUGACUUCAUCAUCCUACUCACUUGGCAGGUAGAUGGUUACCUUCUAAUUUUAAAAGAAAAGUAUACCUUUUAAAAAAAAUGUAAAACUACCCUACAUGCCAAAAAUAGGCUUAGGUGACAAAACGUGAUUUGUAAGCUUUCUAGACUAUAGCAACAUUAGAUGAUUUGGCUCAUCACCUGAUCUAAUCUUAACAGCAUCUGAUGGUUGAAUAUCCUACUCCCUAUUGCAAAGUUAGCAAUGACUUUUCGCAAGUGUGUAACAUAGGCAAGGUCCUUCAUAUUGAAGACAGUGAAUUAGCUGCACUUUGUGAAAGUUGAUUUCUUUAAAAGAGCAGGAUUGCUAGUUUCUUCUAGGCUGAAUAUAGCUUGCACAUAAAUAGAAAACUGCUCUGUUUUAUUGUACCUCAUUUUCUGAAGUAUUUUUUAGACUUCAGUAAACUAAUGUAUAUUUUUAUCUGUAUGCUUAUAAUUUAGUUUCUGGGUUGUCAAACUGUAAAGGUCCUAUGUGUUUCAUGCAAGACUUGUGUGAGAAAUUGUCGAAUAUGUACCUGGCAGGUGUGAAUACUGGCACACCUUUUAGCUGUACAGAAAUGCUGUUAACAUCAAAAUAUAAAUCACAUUUUUGCCCAUUGCUAAGAAGUAUAAUAUCCUGACUCUGAAGCUACUUGCAGUGCAGCGAGACAAUAAAUACUAAGGUGAAAUAAGCCUCCUCCACUAAUUGCACUUUUCCCCUACAUAACCCUUGCUGUUAUGUGUAAACUAGCCAUUUUAAGAAUAAAUUGUAUUUUGAUACACCU